CCAGCGCCCACUUCUGCUUUCAGGUUCCUGUGCUUGCUGCUUCCCCAGGCUCCGAGUCUCAAACCCUGAGGAUCCUGGGCUGCAGGGUCGGAGAGCCAGGCGCUGAGCCCCCCUCUGCAGGUCUAGGGGUCUGUCCCAGCCGGAUGCCCCAGCCAUGGGGGGAGCACUGCUGCUACAGCAUGACACCGGGGAAAGGGAGCUCCCGCCUCAGGGCCCCCCCUGGAGAGCAGGGGGUCCUGCCAUGCUGAGGGUCCUGAUCCUCGCCCUGCUCUGGAGGGGGUCCCUGGCCCAGCUGCCCGGAUUUACCCUGACGGUGCCGCAGACGGUGUCCGUUGCGGAGGGUCUCUGUGUUCUCGUCCCCUGCACCUUCACGUACCCAGCCUCGUACGACACCGACAAUCCCUCGGCCCAGCUCUACGGAUACUGGUACAAGGAGCCUGCUACUGGGGGCCAGGAUCCUCCCGUGGCCAGCAGUGUCCCCGCCGUGAGUGUGUCGCAGGAGACCCUGGGCCGGUUCCGGCUGGCGGGGGAUCCAGCACGCGGCGACUGCUCCCUGCAAAUCAGUGAUGCCCGACGGACGGAUGCCGGGAGAUAUUUCUUUAGCUUCGAGAAAGGCCUGUUAGAUCACACUUACCGCUCCAAUUCCGAUGGCGCUGACCCUGCGCUCACGAUCUCUGUGCCAGGGCUGACGGAGGAGCCAGAGAUCCAGAUCUCGCCAGCGCGGGGGCUGCCAGGGACACUGCUGGCCGGGGAGCCGGUGACUGUGACCUGCACGGCCCCUGGGCGCUGCUCCAGGCCCCCUCCCCGAGUCACCUGGACGGGGCCGUUCAGCGACACAGCCCGGGACAUCUCAUCCCAGCUGGCGAACGGCACCUGGGCCCACAGCUCCACGCUCAGCUUCACGCCCGGCACGGGGGACCACGGCAAAGAGCUCGUCUGCAGCGUCACCUACAGGCCACCACGGGGACCUUCCACCCGCAGAACCGUCCAGCUCCACGUCAGCUACUCGCCCGGGCCCCCCAGCAUCACCGGGACCCUGACCAGGAACGGACGCCCCGUGCCAGAUGCGUGGGGAGCUGAGGGCGACGUCGUGUCUCUGGAGACCCAGGAGGGCGACUCCCUGAGCCUGAGCUGUGAGGCUGGGAGCAGAACUGAGGCCACCCUGAGCUGGGCCAAGGGGAACGAGUCCCUGAGCCCCGGCCAGGGAGGGGCCGGGCACCUGGAGCUGCCGAAUCUCAGCCCAGGGGACGCUGGGGAGUAUCGGUGCUGGGCGAAGAAUUCCUACGGGUCGGCCAGCCGGGCCCUGCGUGUGCACGUGCAGAACCCGCCCGGGCCCCCCAACAUCACCGGGACCCUGACCAGGAACGGACGCCCCGUGCUGGAAGUGUCAGGAGCUGAGGGCGACGUCGUGUCUCUGGAGACCUGGGAGGGCGACUCCCUGAGUCUGAGCUGUGAGGCUGAGAGCAGACCCGGGGCCACCCUGAGCUGGGCCAAGGGGAACGAGUCCCUGAGCCCCGGCCAGGGAGGGGCCGGGCACCUGGAGCUGUCGAAUCUCAGCAGAGGGGACGCUGGGGAGUAUCGGUGCUGGGCCAACAAUUCCUACGGGUCGGCCAGCCGGGCCCUGCGUGUGCACGUCCAGCCUCUAGAGAGGACUCUGCAAAUCACCGUCUCCAGAGCUAACAGGAGCGACCCCCAGCUAUUCCAAGAUCCCAGCACCAAGGUGGCGAACGGGUCACAGCUCUCGGCCCGGGAGGGCGACUCCCUGCGGUUCCUCUGCUCCGUCGCCAGCAGCCCCCCCGCUGCACUGGGCUGGGUGAGGGGGGGCCGAGCCGUCGAGGGUGCCCGCCCCAUGGGGGAGAAUCAGCUGCGGCUGGAGCUGCCCAACGUGACGGCCGAGGACGGGGGGCUGUACGGGUGCUGGGCCCGGAACAAGGAGAGCUCUGCCCAGGGGACGUUCCAGCUGCUCGUCGAGUGUGAGUGGGGUUAA